CGCCUAGAAGCAUCUGCCAACAUGUAGUGACCCACCAGUGCGCGACAAUAUUUAGCCAAUUCAUCAGGCAAUAAUUCAUUACUUAAUUCCUUGCUAUGUAGCAUUCACCUUGGCCUCUUCUCGCUCAUCCAUCUUCAUCUUCAUCUUCUGGCCAACCGGCUGCGCCACCCAAACGAAAUGGCUUCCUUCAACCUCAAGACGACGCUCUUCCUCACGCCUCUCGUGUCUACCACCUCAUCCCUCCUCUUCGCCCACGCCCAAGAUUCAUUCCUCUCCUACCUCGUCCAUCCCACUGUCGGGGCAGCAAACUCGAAUGCAAUCAUCCCGCCAUACUGGAGACAAUUCUUCGUCCCUGGCUUGACCAAGGUCCUCUCAUUUCUCGCCCUGACGGUGGGCUCUUCUGUCGGUUGUGUCUAUUGUCACGGGGUCACUCUCAAGGACAGGGGGAGUCGGGCGUGGUACCUCGCGGCGGCAGUCUUGGCCGUCAGCCACUUGGCGUUCGUUCCACUAGUCGCACCCAAGGUUCAGAGGAUGGUGGAUGACGAGUGCGAAAAAUCCGAUGCCGAGGCCAACACUGUCCCGGAAGGCAGCAAGUCGAACGUCCAAACGCUGAAUGAGUGGUUGCGUUGGAAUCUGGUGCGGACAUGGACGACGGAUACCGCCGCAUGGAUCUGCGCCGCAGUAGCCGUCACCAAGACCUUGAGCGUUGACUAGGUAAACUACUUGUCACAGUUAUCACUGUAGACUCCAUCACGCAGGGACUUCCGCAGAGAUCAUAAAAACAUUGUGCAUUGGCUAAUCACUACCACCCUCCUUAUUACAUGAGUGGCAUACGCUGUACAGUUCUGCUCCCGCUAUAUCGAAAACAUCAUCUGAAGCGCCCUUUGUCCUAUCAAUUGCGAUUCGACUCCCUUAGUACCACUCACCACCCAACCAGCGGUUGAAGAAGUCAAUGGAAGCGUCGGGCUGGUCCAUGGGAACCAUGUGGCCGGCCUCGUAGAUGCGCAUGAAGGUCAAGUUGCCGCUAGUCUUCACCUUGCCAUAAGCACCAUCCUUGCUGAUCUUGUCCUUGGAAAAAGCAAGGUUGAGGUCCUUGAGCUCCGCCUUGGCGAAGUCCUUGUGGCCGGGCCAUUCGAGCUUAUUGGUCCAGGCCUCGUUGCCAAGCCAGUUGCAGAUAAA